AUGGAUUCGGGUCAACCGAGAUCGGCACGGCCUUAUGUCCCCUCCAGUCUGUGCGGAGAUGUGGAAUCUAUGAUGAUUGACAUGGUGCUGACAGAGAUUCAAAAUCAAAUCGGAAGGAUUGAAGAUGAACAGGUUAGUAGCAAACAUUCUACAUAAUCAUUCCUUUCAUAGGAACAGAAACGACAAGAGAGCUUAAGGGAGACCCAAUCUCCAGAUUACUCUUGGCUGAUGGAUUGGAAGUUGAAGAACAAGAAGGUUCUCAACUUCAGGGUAUGUCAGUUCUAUCGUUUGAAACUCGUUUCAGGAAUGUUCAGCGGUUGAGUUGUUAUGCCAGAAAAUCAAACCGAAUGAAUGGAGUCUUUUGAUCCGCACCUUCAGAUCCAAGGUCAGAUACGUGGACUCGAGAGACGGAGUCAUCGAAGUCUUCAGAGGAACUGUGGAUGAGGUUAGGCAACAAAGAGGAGACAAUGUGUCGAUGAUGAAUGUGGAUGAGACUGAAGACGAGGUGAGUGUGGAUGCUUUUGAGUAAUUGCAAGGCUCCAGACAUGGAGAUCGGAUCCCAUCCAGCAUCGGAGUUUGUCGGUCGUCGAACUUUCAUCGCCUCGAGGAUCGCCCAAAAGCUUCAGCGGAAUGGAAAACGUCGUUUGA